CAACUUUCUAUUAUUGCUCCAUUUUUUUUUCAGAAAAGGCGAUAGGUUUAGGGACAUUUCCAUCAUUUCAAUCUUUAAAUAUAUAUACUGGUACGGUAGUAACAGGUGGGGGGUCAUAGGGGAAAACAUUUUAUAUAUUUCAUUCUAUGAAAAUCUGGCAACAAGGAACUAUGGCCUCCAGCACUAAAGUAAUUGAAACAGUAGCAGUGGAUACACCAAACACCAGUGUUCUAACUACACCUGAUAUGACUUGUGGAAAGUCACCUGGAUCAGGAAGAUCUUGGUCUAAUCGUAUGGAGCCUCUUAUCUCAUUUGCUGAUGUAAUGAGUGAACAAUUGGCAGACUCCAUUGUUCAAGAAGAAUAUCAAACUAUAAAAGAUGAUUUCAAAGAACCGAUAGAUGAUAUUGAAACAUCAAAUCAGCAACCUAUUGUUUUGGGAGAUGGUUUUCCUGAUACAUCCAGUGAUGAAGCACUUGCUCUCAUGUUACAAGCAGAAAUGGACAAAGAAUAUAAUGAAUAUAUAGCAAAAGAGGAAUCAAGAGUUAAUCAGUAUUCAAAGGUAAAAUUAUCAUUUGAUAAGUACAGAGCAAGUGGUGGAAAAACUUCUACCUCAUCAGCAGAAGAAGACUCAGAUGAUGACGACGACGAUGAUGAUAUGGAUGAAAAUUUUAUGUCUCAUACAAAAUCUUCUGGGAAUACAAUAGUCACAAAACAUGACAAGGAAAUAUGUAGUCGACGUAAUGUUGCCAGAAUGGAAGAUUCCUUCCCAGCUGGUUUUCUGAGUGGUGAUGCAAGAGGAAUGGACUUGCAACUCACAAAUAAAAUAUAUAACUCACUGAAACAACAUGCUUUUAGUGAACAACGAAGGAGUCAGAGAAUCCAUGAACCCAAAGAGCACUACACAACCGAGCAUGCUGUUGAUGAAAAAACAAGACUUAUACUGUAUCGUCUUGUCAAUCAUGGCAUAUUAGCUUCUGUUAAUGGUGUCAUAAGCGUAGGGAAGGAAUCCGUUGUAAUACAUGCUGAUGGUGGUGAUGCAGGACUGUUGGAUGAAAGUCAAAAAAAGACAGCAAUUGAUUUAGUGAAAGAUGCAAAAGUACCGAGUGAAUGUGCUAUUAAGGUAUAUAAGACAACCUUGAAUGAGUUUCGCACGAGAGAUAAAUAUAUAAAAGACGAUUAUCGAUUCAAAGAUAGAUUCAAGAAAUUAAAUCCAAGGAAAAUUAUCCACAUGUGGGCAGAAAAGGAGAUGAGAAAUCUGCUACGAAUUAAGGCUGCUGGGAUUUCAUGUCCUGAUGUCAUACUUUUGAAGAAACAUGUUCUUGUUAUGUCAUUUCUUGGUGUUGGUCAAAAUCCUGCUCCUAAAUUAAAAGAUGCUGUGCUUUCAAGUACUCAAAGAAAAAGUGCUUAUAGUCAGGUGAAGCAAAUAAUGCACACACUGUAUCACACUUGUCGAUUGGUACAUGCAGAUUUGAGUGAAUACAACUUAUUAUGGAACGAUCAGAAGGUAUGGGUCAUUGAUGUGAGCCAAUCUGUUGAGCCAAAUCAUCCUCGUGGACUUGAGUUUUUAUUCAGAGAUUGUCAAAAUAUGUCAAAAUUUUUUCGCAAUUGUGGUGUAGAAGACGUUGCUGAUCCAAUGCAUCUUUUUAAUGAAGUUUCUGAAUUGAGUCUCUCCGUUGAAGAUGAGACAUCAUUUCGUUCAGAGAUUGAACGCUUGCAGAGAAUAACAGAAGAACAUUCACAACAAGGAUUAAACAAGGCAAAGACACUGCUCCAGCAAUAAUCAGCCGAUACUCUUUUUAGAUUUUUUUUUUUGUUAGGUAAUGAAAACUAUGACACUAGGUUUUAUUAAUUAAUUAGUUAACGACGUCAAUCAGUCUCUUAUCUUAUUAUAGAUAUAGCUGCUGCACAAGAAAUGUCUGGUUUGAUAUUUUGCUAUCUACCAUGUGAAUCUUCACGAUUUUUUUCCCUGUAGUUGAAAUAAAGUAACUAUUUAUGCA